GCUUCCCCAGAAGUCAUGUCGCAGAGCACGACGUGAUGCCUUCUGCAGGAUCCUCCAUCUGUGAGGCAGAAGGAGCCGCUGUUAUGCAACAUUCAGGAUCAAGUCCACACAGUGAAAGUGAUGGUGCAUGUGUCCAGACAACACCCAGCUCAUGUAAGCGUCCCUGGCUGGCCACUCAGGAUUCAGGAAGCCCACAAGAGGAUUCGACUGGCAAAGAAAACCACGAUGCACCACAGCUGGACCCAGAAUGUUCUUCAGAAACUGAGUUUCAGAAACCUAAAAAAGCAAGGAGAGAAGAAACGAAUGGGUCCAGUAAAAAGAAAACUGUGCAGAGGGAGGAGUGUGUUGAAAGUUUAAUUAACAGGAAGCAGAAGACCAAAGGUCGCCAUAACAACACAGGGUUUAGAUCUGCCUCUCCUCUCAAUGAUGUUGACGACGCUGAAAUAAAUCAACACCAACUAGAUGAAUUACAAGUUGUUGACCCACAUUCUUACAUUAGCGAAAAAGACGAACUCUUUGCAUAUUUAUUUUCUCUGACACCUGACAAAUCCAAGAAGGAAUCAAACCCAAAACAGAAGAGGAAGACGUCCAAGCUGAAGAGACCCACACAGACCAGAAAUCUGAGGGAGACGUUUGUCGUCUAUGGAGGCACAAACAAAGACGACGUCUCACUGAACGACUUCAGGACAUCUAAUUUGUCAGAUUACAGUCACAUGGUGGACAGCAGAGGAGCGGCAGGUCGUCAAGAUGUGGGAGACCUGCUGACAGAUGAGAUGCCUCCGUGGAUGCACAUCGAUGUCAGCCAUGCUGACUCUGAAGCCGGCUCUUUACCUGCGACCCCCAGGAGGGAGACGUCGAGCAGGCCGGCAGUGAUCGAGGAGUCUGCUGCUGUCACAACUGAAGCCUCGUCAGCAAGUGGAGUCUUAACAACACUGACCAACACCAUCUCAACUCCAGACGGUGAAGCAGGAGGCAGAACCAGGAGACGAAAUGGUGUCGUCAGCUACAAAGAACCGACCCUCAACAGCAAAAUCAGGCGCGGAGAUAAAUUCACGGACAGCAUGUUUCUGAGCUCUCCGGUGUUUAAGGAGGGGAAGAAGAAGAGACAGAAGAAGACUGGAAACAAAGCAGCGCGGGAAAAGUCUGUUAAUGUGGACUGAUUGUUUUUAUUUUUCUUAAUCUGUUUUUUGUUUCGGUAUUGUACUUUUAUCCAAACAUGUUCACUGACAUGUAGACGUAAUGAACGUGUGUUCUGCAAACAGAACAUGUGUUCUGGUUGGUAAUGUGUGUCAGUGAUGACGGGAAGUUUGCUCAUUAAUAAUUCAGCGCAGACUGUUCACCUGAGAAGUCUGCCCCCCGUUAAAGACUCCUCACAAAGGUCGCUGCGUUGGUGUAGCAUGACGGCAGACGGCUGUACAGAGUUUAGUGUCAUCAUGAAAACUGGAGGGCUGGGGUCGGUUAGCAGAGUUUAGUGGUGAGUACAGCAUGUUGACUUAAAUAUUGUUUUUAUUAAUUAAACUGACAUUUUACAUUAAA